UUUUGUUGAGAGCAGCUUUGAUAUGGCGGACGCGGAGGGUGUUGAAAAAGUAGAUUCUACUCCUUCUGAUCCCGAUUCUGAGACCCAAGAUGAUUUAAAACAACAAGGCUUCAACGGGGAGAAUACUACAGGAACAAAGGAAGGAAAAUCGCUGGAUUUAUUGUCCGAGGCUCUUUCAAAAAUGGACGAAUCCGGACAGGAAGAUGACAUGAACUUCUCUGCCGCAGCAGGAGAGACAGCCGACGCAAACACCGAAGCCCCGGGUAGCGGCGUGUUAAAUGAUCAUGAUGAUAAACAAGAUUCUGGAACUGUCAUUCCAGAAGCUGAACAGCAUGGACAAGGAGAUGGAGAAGCACACAGUUUUCCCGAAGUUGUAGAUCAAGAUCAAAUGUUGAUUGCUGACAGCACAUCAACUUCAAGUAACAAUGGGUUAAUUGAUGAUUCAAUUGCAUCACAAGCUGAUUGUCUGACAAGUCAAAUUGAUUCUGAAUCUUCAAAAAUUGAUACAGGCUCCUCUGCUCUAGCUCUUUCAGGUGAUUCCGCCAUGUCUUCUUCAUCAAAUAAUGUGCUGUCGGAUAUUGCAGCAAGUUCUUUACUUGGAUCCAUUGCAACCAUGAUUGAUUCAGGCAGCGAAUGCUCUCUUACAGAUAACACGAGAAAUAAAGAUGGAUUAAACAUCCUAGAAAUGGCUUCAGCAUCAUCAGUUGGAACCACUCCCACUUGCAUUGCAUUGACCGCUGCACCUGCAGCGAGUCCUAUAUCUUUGAAUUUAGCAAGAUCAGUUCAGAACACAUCACUACUUGUUAAUGGGAAUAGUUUAUUGACAGGUUCAAGUAAUAUUGCUAGCCUCGGAACAUCUCUUCUGAAUACACCUGGCCUCGUACAAGCCAUCUCCCAGCAACAAACAGCUCCAAUUACAAGCGUUCCAACUCUGAGAGUAGCCUCUUCAACCCCUUCGCCAGUAACAAUCACCGUCCGAACACCACCCGGGACAGGGGCUCUCAGCCAAACACUCAUAUCCAAUAUCGUGAAUACCCCAGAAGUGCAGGCCCUGUUAGCGAAGAAUCCUGGUCAACCCAUCACCAUUGUCCGUGUCCCAGAUGCUCCCGCUACCGUGACCACCCAGUCAUCCACUCCAGCUCCAGCCCCUCUCCCAGCUCCGGCUCCAGCUCCAGCUCCUGUUUCUGCAGCGAUCUUGACCCCCAGCCAGACACAGGGAAGCACGAUUCCACUCAUGAAAGUAGUGACAAAUGUGACCAACAAGCUGCAAACACCUGUCAGAACUUUCCCACCUGGUACUGUCUUGUCCAACAGACUUUCUAACAAUGGCAAUCCAACAACCGCGAUCACAAGAACAACUUCAUCACCCUCUUCAGCAUUGGUCAGAGCCUCUCCGAGUCCUAAGCCAGCCAUAGUCCUUGGCGUGAAGAAGAAAUUUGGGCGAGGUGGAGGUAAAGCAGCAGUCAAGGGAAUGGCCCCUGCAGUGCCAUCCUCCCGGGACUUGCAUCUUUUGAGACAGAAGAGACCUGCCAACUGCAAGACUCGAUCAGGACGAGUAUCCAGGCCUCCGUUGUACCGAAUCAAAGAAUACAAGACCAUGUCCAAUGAAGAGUUGGGAGAUCAACCAGGUUCCUCUGAUGGAGAGUACUCAGACUAUGAUGAGACUGAAACUGGAUCAUCUGCUCUCAGCAUGUAUAAUCUGAAGAGAAAGUAUAAAUGUCAGAACUGUGAAAAGAGGUAUAUUGGUAAAGGUGGCCUUGCCAGGCACUACAGAGAAAACCCAACUCAUGGAGAUCCAGAUUCCGUGUUUGCAAAGACAGAAGAUGAAGACCAACAGUUUGACGAGAGACAAAGUGAUGAGAAAGACAAACAAGAGGAGAAGACACCAAGCGAGGCAGAUGAGAAAUCUAAUGGAGACCAAUCUCCUAAAGCUGAAGCUGAAGAUGAAAAGCCCUGCUCCUCAGAACAGACAUCCAAAGAAGAUGAGCAAACAUCACCAGUGCGGCCCAAACCAGCUAUCAUCACCUACCACUACACCCCUAGGACUGGACCAUAUAAACCCAGAGGUAGAGGGAGAGGGAGAGGAAGACCCCCUGGCUCAGGUCGUAAGGUCAUUGAUCAGAGUGAAGACUCGCCAACAGUAUCAUCAAACAGCAAAGAUGUUGAAAAGGAAGAUACAUCAACUUUUAAGUUCUUUGACCCCAAGUCUCCCCUUGAUGAAGAUCUGAUCAAGGUCACGCUACCUAUGCUGUGUAAGGUCAUCAAACCCUGGGAGUACACUGUGGCCAGAGCUCAGCAGACCACCACCAAAGAUGCUAUCUUCCCUACUAUCCUCAAAUCUCUCAAAGAAAUGCAUACAGAAGCCAGAAAGAUGGCUACAUCAUGCCUGGAGCGCAUCUCAGGUGCUGCUGCAAAGGAUCAUUCCUGGAAAGGGAGUGAAACACAAGAGCUUCUGAUUGAGGAUGACACCAUGGCUAAGGUACUUGGUGUGGAGACUGGACGGUACCGCUUCAAGAAUCCUUCAGAAGAUGCACUGCCAAAGACUGUAAGGCUUCUGAGCCGGAAGCAAGAAGCAGUCUUGAUCAAAGAUAAAGAACAAAAACAACCCAGAGUUGCAGAGAGUGUAGGAGAAGCACUACAGAGGAAGCGCAGAAUGGGAAGUCCAGCAAGGAGUGAGCCCCCGAGCAAAAAGACCCCUGGAACCAUCAGCAUCCUUUCCCCCUCUAGGUCUGCAUCGACCAGGCUCACGACACCCACCGCCACCUCCUCCACCUCCGCCGCCGCUAAGAGAGUCCACACCAUCGGGAACAUAGCAUCCAUCGCUGAUGUACCCCUCACCAGCACCACCACGGUAAAACCUGCUGCAAAGCGACCCAUCCCUCCUCUGGGACCUAUAUCAUCCAAGGCAUCCAAGGGUUUGGAAUCCAACUCUGCAGCCUUUGAAUCCAGCCCUACGGCCAAGACGACCAGUGCUACGACAACAUUGCCACCCCUCAAACCCAUCAAAACGAAACCUACCAUCACCCAGCCGGCAUCAUCAUCAUCAAAACAGGUGAGCAACUCCAGCACAACCUCCACCACCAAUACCACACCAUCAUCUAGCAUGUCAUCAGACCCACAGCUCAUGACAGGUGGUCUUGAUACCAUGGCAACAACUUCCCAGGCUGUCUCUUCUGAUGUGGCUGACCCAGCGAAAGCAGGGGCAUCAUCCAGCGAGACUGGUACCUCCCUCAUGGAGACGGGGGGAGAAACGCCCUCUGAAGACCUGGUAGAACAGACCACCGUCUUGCCCGAGGGCACCACCAUCAUGCAGCUGGAAGACGGUACCUUCCUCCUCCAGAAGCCGGAUGGCACCGCCAUGCAGAUCCAGACACCCGACGGCAUGACCAUAGAGACUGUCCAAGCUCUGCUGUCUAUGGAGGGGGGUGCCAUUGAAACUGUUGAGGAACCCAGUCCCCAGUACAUCCUGGACGAUGGCAGCUGCGUCCAGUUACCGGCCGGAAUGUCCCUGGAUAUGGCCGUUGAGAUGGGUUUGAUUAAUCAGUCAACGGAUUGAUCGCUUCAGAACCAUGGUCCUCCGUGGGGAGGAGUGUGCUGUGUGUAUAUAUGAAUUGCCAUAAUGCCCAACUUGCCAGUAUUGUGCAUCAUGCAGUCUGUCUGUACUGCUGCAACCAACCACACUGUAGUCUGUCAGCAACUUGCCUUUCUUUCAUUUUUCACUCUCUAUUCAAUCAUUCUCUCUUAGUUUCUCUGUUUAUUUGCGUAUUCAACUUUCAGAAUGUUUGAGAAUACAGGUCUAUGAUAUCUAGUAUUUCAGCUGAAUAUAUAUCAUGGAACUCUCAAAUAAGGAAAGUAUUUUUGUAACAAUACUGUGACAAAUGACAUGUCUGCACCUAGAGUGUACCUUUGUUUGAAGUAGAAUAGUGUGAAUAUUAAUUAAGUGUAUAAAUUGAGUACCUGGAAAUGUUAAUAGCAGUCAAAACCUUUGAUUCAAGUAUUAAGAUAACUUGUAAAGGAAUCCUGUAGGCAUCUAUAAAUUGUCUGCCCAUUCUCCAGAAUUCGACAGCUGUCUUCAAUUGUAAAUAUGUAACAUAUAUGCUUGUGUAUAUUUUUGAAUAUGGCAAUAUAGUUUGUUUUUUUAGAAUUUGUUUGGUCUGCUUUAUACGUGCAUGAAUUUGAUAUGUGUAUUCAGCUACCAUUAUUAGGUUUGAGUAUGAAUGUAUGCUCUGUACAUUGCAUGUCUAGUCUGGAAUGUUUUGCAACACCAUUUCCAACGUUGUUGACUGUAUAUGAUAGUGAGAUGCACAUAUGUAGAGUUUAGUAGUUUGAUAUACAGCUAUAAUAUCCUUUUGAGGUGAAAAUUAUUUUUCCAUCACCACCACCAUAGCUAGAUAUUGAAUGCUUGGUAUAGUCUCCCAUGUAUUUUUCUCUGUGUUAAUCUGUUACAGAGAUAUAGUCUGAGAGCUCUAGUAGACAAUGUGCAGGUUUACCAACAUAUUCCAAUUUUAUCAGGCAUGAGAAUGGAGUUUGGUGAAAAAAUGAAAUUAUAAAUAUCCUUAAAAAUUGAAUCAUGAUGUCUCUCGAAACUGCGAAGGUUUCAUCGAUAAAGGCCCCCCAAUUUUUUCCUUAAAACAAGGGAAACACGGUUUUAUGCAAACCUUAAAGCUUGCCCAGGGUAGCAACAAGUAAUGUAUGCAAACUGAAUUUCAAGUAUUGUAUUCCAUUCAUUUGAAACAUCCAUAAUUUUGAAUACAUUAAUAAAUCACAGAGAUAGACUUCGAUAACAGAUAACAGCUGUUAGUAUCAAGCUAGAAAUAGAAUAAAUUGCAUUUUGCACAACAAUGAUCAACUUAAUGUUUGUAAUUGAAUUUUACAUGCUUCAUUAAUGAUAUCUAAUUUGAAUCUUCAAAGCAUGAGCCAAUGAAGUCAUUGAAAGGUUGUACUGUACUCCAUGUAAUGGGGAUAUUUGUUGCAUUAAAGUGACUAAACAUGUAGUUUUGGGGAGAUUCAACUCAUUCUGUUCUUUAAUUAAUGUUUUCAUCCUUCUUGGAAUUGCACUAGUGUGAAUUUAUCAAAAUUUGACUCCCGAUGCAUACCAUAGACAUGUAUGCAUAUGAAUGGAAUGAAUAAAAAAGGGUGAAUUAUAUAAUGUAAUAUUGGUUGAAAUUAUAUGUGGUUCUAUGUCUUCUCAUGAAAUUUUAAUUUGAACCAAAGUUGUACGAAUUGAAUUGAAUUCAAGGUAAGAAAUGGUAUAUAGGACAGAAAUAGAAUAUGUUAGUCGUUUACAAAUCUGUUAGUAAUGAGAUUAUGAGAAUGAACACUAUAUUAUUAAGCAAACAGCACAAAGCUAGGGGUCGAAAUCUUAUCCAUUUAUUUAAUAUUACCCAAAUUACCAGUAGACCAUGUUUGUCAUGUAUUUACAUGAAUGGACAUUACUUCUGAUUAUUAUGUAUGAAACAAGUACAUGUAUGUUGCUUUAGGCAUCCAGUUAUUGAAUUAACUUUUCUAAAUUCUGUACAUAGUGCUACAUUCUACAUCAAAUGGACUAGAAUCUUUUUCUUUCUUUUUUCUUCAGUUUGAACUUCUAAUUGAACAAGGGAAAAGUAAAAUGCCAGUUAUAUCUGAAGUAAAUUAUGAGCCUCUAUUUGUCAAAUAAAUCAUGUAACUCCCUGGGCAAGAACAUUUUUGACAUGUAACAAAGAAAAUUAUUUGGUUUUCAUAUGCAUUUUUUCUUAAAGCUAUAAUUUGUAAUAUUUAUGUGUGCUUAAAGAGGAGUAAAACAAUAUAAUUAGGUAUACCUACAAAAAAUUACAUUAUGAAUUCUUUAAUUUGUAAAAAAAAGAAAUUAAAUUUUCUAUCUUCUAAUAUUCCAUGCAUUGCAAUCAUCCUUUUCAUUAUUACAAUUUUUGAAAGUGAAUUUGUAUACAUUAUUUGAUCAUUGAAUUCUCCUAUUGACAAGAAAAUCUGUAAAGCAACUUAAGAUGAGGUAUUCACCAUAAUUUGAAGAGUGAAAACAUCCAGAUCAAAUGUAAGGCUAAUCAAAUAAAAUUCGUGCAAGUAAUUGAAUUUCACACUACUCCAGACAUUUCCCAGCUAAAACGAUCAAACAACUUACUGUACCUAAAAACAAGUUAGGUUAAUGUACAGAAAAAGUGAAAUCUUUGUUGACGUAUUCAUGACGUUGCACCUGUAUAUACAUGUGUCAUGUGAAUAUUCCAUUAAAUAUGUAUGAAAAACAUUGCA